AUGCAUAUUGUCUUGGUGCUGCUUCUAUUGGAGAGCUGCUGGGCUCUUAGGCCGUCGGCAGCAGAGCGCAGGCGUAUACCACGCGUGGUGGGCGGGCAACGCAUCGAGGUGAAUUCGCAGCCGCAUAUGGUGAAUAUCAGACAUCGUGGUGGCUUUCAGUGCGGUGGAUCUUUGGUGACUCCACGCUGCGUCUUGACCGCCGCCCACUGCCUGCAGUCGAAGCAGCAGAGACCGUCGGAUUACGUGGUGCGUGGUGGCGUGACCUAUUUGACAGAUAUGAGCAAUGGACGCGCCGUGAAUCGCAUUCUGAUGCCCAGUGGCUAUAAUUUAACCACUUUUGACCAGGAUGUGGCACUGCUGCAGCUGCAGAAUCCGCUGCACGGUGAGCACAUUGAGCCCAUCCAGCUGGCCAGGCAGCCGCCGCGCCCGGGCAGUUACGUGCGUGUCUCGGGCUGGGGACUGACCGAUGAGCGUUCACUCCAGCUGCCCAAUCAGCUGCACAGUGUGCAGGUGAAGGUGCUGCCCCGCCUCAAGUGCCAGCAGCUCUAUCAGGGCUACAGGAAUAUAACGGACAGCAUGUUCUGCGCCUCGGUGGCUGGCUAUAAGGACGCCUGCAAUGCGGACUCCGGCGGACCGGCGGUCGACAUGGAUGGCCAGCUGGCGGGCAUCGUGUCCUGGGGCAAGGCCAAUCGCUGUGCCCACGAGGACAGUCCAGGUGUGUACACGAGCGUGGCGCACCUGCACGACUGGAUAGUCCACAAUAUGCUCAGAUAUUGCCACUGAUAUCUGUUCGAGUCUUAGGAUUACGCCUUUAAGUAUUACAACUAAUGAGUAUAAAAAUAAACUAGAAGCUUUGCAGCCAACAGCCCUGAUUGUUUUA